GGUGACUUUUGCCCGUUGAUUUGGACCUUCGGACAAUUAAAACCCACAAGCUAUAAAAACAACAAAAUUGUCUAUGUCCUCCCCACACACGAGUAGAUAUGUUUUGGGUGAAGACAAUUUCCGUGUUCACUUGGAUUUUGGCGGUGGACUGUACCAUACCUUCCUAUAUUAAGGUGUGCAGCAAAAACGAUCCUCACAUAGAUGUUUGUAUCAAAGAAUCUAUCAGUUAUUUGAGGCCCCAAUUAGCAAGCGGUAUUCCAGAAUUAGAUGUACCGAGUCUCGAGCCGUUGGUCAUCGAUCAUUUCCAAGUUAACAGUGGGAGGGACCAGGCUAGGAUUAAUCUGGGAGUGAAUGAUGUGAAAAUAUGGGGUGCAUCAAAAUUCGACAUUACGGAGGUGAAAGUGGAUGAAGCCCAACUCUCUUUUUUCGUAAAGGUGUUAAUACCUCACCUUUACUUCGAAGCGACUUAUGAUCUCGAUAUGCAAAUGUUGGUACUGUCCUACAAAGGAAAGGGUCCUAUGUCUGGCAAUCUGACCGAUAUGGUGCUAACAUUUCAAUUGAACGGCGAAAUAAUUAACAAAAAUGGCGUCCAAUACUUGCACUUUCCCAGAGUAAAAAACGGCAUGACCCUUGGAAAGAUCGAAAUGUCUUUUGGUGAUGAAAAAUUCAAAUCCGAGGUUUUGGGCAAGGGCAUCAACCAGGUGCUGAUGGAGAACGGCGAUAUGAUCGCUGAGCAGUUUGCUCCUGGUCUGGCCGAAGCUUGUGAAGGACUUUUUACGGAUAUAGGAAAUCAUAUCACCGAAGCUUUUCCAUACGAAGAGCUGUUUCCGCUUUAGCCCUUAACCUAACGAAAAUAACCUCACAAAAUUCUCUUAAAUAUUGUACCUCAUAAUAUAUUAUCACCAGACAGAAAAUAAUUAAUGAAAUUAUAUUUUGGAUUAAAACAGCAUUGGGAGCUCUAGAAAAAAGAUCAAAAUUAAUCAUCAUGUUUUAUAUAAUACCUGUUUUAUAUAAUACCUACCUAAUUCCUACAUAACCAGUAAUUAGGUACUCAAGUAAGUACUAAAAGUACUAAAUAUGACUGGAAUUUCACAUUAAAACAAACUUUUCAAAUCCCCUAUCAUACGGUGCUGUAGAAUAUAUUUUAAAUAUUAAUAUUAUCAAUAAUAAAUAUUAUUUCAAAUACUAAAAUCCUUUUAAUCAUGUUACUACUUUUCCGAAAGUCUUAAGCUGAUAAUUGGUUGCAUGCUUCGAAUAUUUUUACUAGGUUAUCAGAUCCAAAGUGAAAUCGUUUUAUUUUCUCAUUUAACAACAUUUAACCAUUGUUAAGAAGAAAACAUUUAUCCCAAGUUACCAAUUAUUUUUUAUUAUUAUUUUUGUCCGUUUGUCUCGUUCGCUUUGCUCGUUUCGCCAAUACGUUACUUACUAGUAGUUACAAAUAUUGCAAUUAUUUUGUUCAAUUUUUUUAUUUUAAAAAUUUUGUGGACCUACGGUGAAUGUGCCAUAUAAGAAAAGAGAUUGAAAUUCAUUUUGAUGUGUGAGCAAAACUGGAUUACAAAGUUCCAUUAUAAGAAAAGCAAAGCCAACAGUAAAACUCUGGCUAAAAAUUUGAUUCGAUUUAAUCCAAAUUAAUUUUUUUGUUUUACUCUUAUUAAUGAAAUAUGCUAUUGGAAAGAUACGAAUAAAGAGUGCAUGAAAAACGAUUGUUUGUUGAGUAAGUUAUUUAUUCACAAAGACAAUUUCUUUAAUAUGAACCAUAUAAAUAUAUAAUAUAUAUACCUGGAGGUUUUUGAACAUACGGAAUUUAAAAAUACUAACGGCAAUGUUGUAAAAUUUCUGGACCAUAUUUUGAAUUCUGGGAUGUUAAGAAUUUUUUAAUUUACGAUGAUUAAUAUGACAACACUGUUGUACUCAGUUUUGAAUUUUGUCUUUCAAAAAUUCCCAAAUAUUGAAUUUCCAACUUUCCAGUUAUGAAAUUAUUUAAGCGUUACUAACCCGGUUUAAAAUGACCCUUUGGCAAUCGAACUAUUUUAGACAGUAUUUUCUAAUUUCUUUAAUUUUUCCUAUCCCAAUGUAUUUGUGAAUUACCUUUUUUCUCACCCUGUAUAUUAAAGGUAAUCAUAAACAAAAGGACAGCUAAGCUAAGGAAAUAUAUAGGUAACUACCUCACAAAUAGAUAUAUCGAUUAAACUAAAUUUUGCACCAAAUUUUUUAUAUUUAUCCUUUUGCAGAAUUAUUUUUACUCUUUGAAAAAUUGUCUGUAAUAACUAUAUUUGUAAUUAAUAAAUAACUUCUGAUGACAA